UCGUUCAUAGCGAAAAGUAUUACUUUUUAACAAACAGUUAAAAAAUGGGAAUUAAAUAUUUAUAGUAGAGUUUAAGCGUCAUAGCAACCUUCGCGGACUACAACAACUUGAACGAGUAGCGUAACAUAUCGACAUAUGGAGUAAUCUAAUAAGAGCUCUAAAUGGAUCAGACGAAACGGCCUCUUAGGAUUCCUACAGAAUUUGCUUUAUAUGCAGAGAAACAUGGAAUCUUUGAUAUGUAUAAGAGACUAAUAGAACAAUUAAUAAUAGCUAAACCAGAGGAGCCGAUAGGAUACCUCAUUCACCUGCUAAAAAAAGAAAAUGAUGAUGUUCCUCAAAUCUGCAUUUUGGGCCCGCCAUGUUCCGGAAAGCAUUCUAUUGCAAAGUUAAUUAGCAGUAAAAUGAGAUGUGCACUUCUAACCCCUAAAACUUUACUGGAGGAAACUGACAAUGAAAUCAAGAGAAAAAUUUUGAAAGUGUUUAACAAAGAAAGAAGUGAAAACACCACUUUAUGGGAACAGCUUCCCAAGAUUCCACCUGAUUUAUUAGUAAGAAUUCUUAGAGCCCGGUUUGAUUUGGCAGAUUGUGUAAAAAAAGGAUGGAUACUAGAGGGAUUUCCACAAACCAGAGGGCAAGCUCUAGCCAUGCAAGAAAAUGGAUUAUUUCCUAAACACUGCAUUGUCUUAGAAGCCCCUGACACUGUCCUGGUUGAAAGAGCCGCUGGUAAAAGAAUCGACAAAAAGACAGGAGAUGUGUACCACACAACAUUUGAUUGGCCUGGUAAUCCGGAGGUACAGUACCGACUGAAAGAGCCCAAAGGCUAUAAAGAAGUGGACAUGUUUAACAAGCUUGUUGUCUACCAUCGCCACAUUGAUGGAAUUCUGCGUUGCUAUGAGCAGGUUGUCAAAAAAGUUAAUGCUGAUCAACCCAAAGCAGAUGUUUUCUCACAAGCCUUUUCCUUCCUGUGUUGCCAACCCAGGUCUUCUGCUCCUCAUACACCUCGCAUCAUUUUGAUUGGAUGUAAAGGCAGUGGGAAGGGAGUGCAAGCAGCUCUGUUAGCAAAUAAAUAUAAUCUUGUUAACGUUCACUGUGGUCAAUUAAUCAAGCAGUCAAUAGCCCAAGAAACACCAUCUGGACUAGCCGCUAAGCCUUACGUUGAGAAAAAUUUAAUCAUUCCAGACAACAUUGUGCUGGAUAUUUUGAAGGACAGGUUGUGUGGUUUGGACUGUGUAACAAGAGGUUGGGUUCUGCACGAAUACCCUCGCAGCCGUGAACAAGCGGAACAACUAGACAAAGCAGGACUCAGGCCUAAUAGGGUAUUUUUUCUAGACAUUCCUAAUGAUUCUGUCAUUGAGAGAUUAACACUGCGUGCAAUGGACCCUGUUACUGGAGAGAAGUAUCACCUGUUGUACAACCCACCAAUUAGUCAAGAGGUCAAAGACAGAUUGUGGAAAAAUGAAAAAGACAGCGUUGAGAAUGUACAGAAAAAUUUGUCUCAGUUUGUUGCUUUCUCUGAAGAGUUAUUGGAUUACUAUACAGAAGGUCAACAUGUCAAUUCAGACCAAGACCCACACACAGUGUUUGAAUGUUUAGAGAGCAUGAUUUGCAAACCUUUGCCUAAAAACUUUAAUUAGUUUCAAUUUGUUUAUACAAAAAAAAGAGUAUUGCUUUUAUACUACUGUUUUAAUAACUCCUGUACCUUUCUAAAUGAAUUAUUGCUUUUUCUAUAUAAAUAUAAGUUUUAC